UCCUCCCCACCCCCACCCCACCCCAUGGCCCGCCCCAAGAAGGCCAAGGCGGCGCCGGCGCCCGUCUGCGAGGCGCUGCUGCUGGCGACCGUCUGCAUGGUCGGCCUCCCCGUCGAGGUCCAGGUCCGCGACGGAUCCGCCUACGCCGGCGUCUUCCACACCGCCUCCCUCCACGGCGGAUACGGUGUUGUGCUAAAGAAAGCAAGGAAGAUUGCAAACGGAAAGGACAAUGCCAAUCUAGUGCUGGGAGCUUUCGUGGACACUCUUGUUGUUCUCCCAGAUGAUCUUGUGCAAGUGAUUGCAAAGGACUUCUCCCUUGCUACUAAAGAUGUUUCUAAAACUACUGCUUGUGAUGUGGUGGCAGCCAGUGGAUUGAUGCAGCCUCAAACUUCACAUUCGGGAGACCCAAAAGCAUCCAGACAGGUUGAGAAGUGCAGCAGGCUGUGUCAGAAUAGUGAUACCUCUACUGGGAAAAUUGUUCCAAUGAACAGUAAUGCUGCAAAUGUCGCCUCUCCAAUUGAACAUAUAGUGCCAAAUUGGAAUGCAAUUCCAACUUCUGCUGGUAUUGGAUCAAAAGAUGGAAAUGUUGUUAAUUCAGUUUUAGCUACUCCUGUGGUAGCUUCAAAUGUUAAAACAUCUCAACCGGUCAACAAUUCAUCUAUUAAAGCUGUCAUGUCAAGCAAAAUCACUGUUAAGGAAUCCAAACUCAAUCCCCAUGCCAAGGUCUUCGCUCCAUCUCUUGCAAGUUCCAGACCAGUACUUGCAGCUGCACCCCCUGUUAACCCAAGCUAUAUCUCAAACUCAGUCUCUGGAGUUCCAACUGGCGUACCUGUAUUUCAAACUCACUCGCAUCCGGGCAGUUCGUCUCUAUCCAGCAAGGUUGUUCAUUAUAAUAACCUGGCUCCUGGAAACUUUGGAAUUUCACCUCAAUAUGUUCAAUCAGUUGUGGGGCAUAAUAUCGGAAGGCUAGAUCCUGCAAGACUCGGUACACCAUAUCACCCCUUGCAAGUGGGAUCAACCUAUAUCAGCCCUAGUCCUCAGCCUAUGGUUGAUGGGAAGUUCAGUCCUGUUGUUUAUGUUCAUCCAGUUUCUCAGGAUGCUAUGCGUGGAACACCAGUUAUGUCCCAAGUAUGGCCUCGCCCUUUGCUGUUGAACUCGCAUCAAGCUAGCUUGCAGAAGUUUCAAGGCACGGCACCCUUCUUUGGGGCUCCGCCAGUCAUGGCAACCGGGAACCUGCCCAUGGUGAUGCCGAGCCCUGCAACGCUUGUGCAGCCAUUCCAGGCCAUUCAUCCAAUCAUGGUUCCUUCCGCGCCCAGUAUGUAUCCAGGCAAAUACAUGUAAACUUGUCAUACCGCUGUGAUUUCUGAUUUCUUUGGAAGAAGAAUCUUGGCUUUACCCCUUUGGCUUUUCGGGGUAUACAUCUAAGAGGACUCGCAGUUUUGCCUACCCUGUCAAUUCACCUACUAGUUGCUGGUCAUUGUCCGUCUUUUUAUUGGGAGGACUUGCAACGUUUGCCAUAAGCCAUGGUCGGUGUGGCUUAUGGUUUAAUUUUUUCGGGAGAGUUCAUGGGAGGAGUUGAUAUGAAAAUAGAGAGGAGAUUGAAGCGAUUCUUUGACUGCCUUGGCGGCAACACAUUUUACCUGUUCUUUUGCGUUUGCAGAGCAGCAUGUACCGUGAAACAUUGUAAAUGAGUAAGAUAGUGAAGUGCCCCCCCUUUUCUUCUCCUUGCAAGUGUGAUCUUGCUGUUAUGAAUGUUAUAUCUUCUGUUGCAAGUGUAGUUCUGGUAUUAUUCUUGUCCAAAUGAUAAUGUCCACACAUGUGGCAUGUUUGCGCUUCGCCCA